UAUCCCAUCGUAUCGGAGGAGUAUCGGUAUUUUUUUAAUUAUCUGAAAAAGAGAAAAAUGAGGGAUACGUACGGGAUACGUAUCCGGCCGUAUCCCGCACGUAUCCGUAUCCGGACGCGUAUCAGAUACUGAUACGAGGGUCAGCUGCCGUAUCGGGGUAACGUAGCAUAGGACCAUUUGGUUCAUGGCCAACUGCACCAUAAUAGACAGGCAAAGUAUGGAUUAUGAAUAGAAAAAAAAGAAGAAGAAGAGAGAGUAUGGAUUGUGAAAAGAGAAAAUAUUCUGGCUAAUGAAUGGGUGGCAUGAGUAACCAAUUCUAUUAAUGAAACUAAUGGAAAUUGUAAAUCCAACUAAAUGUCUGAUUAAGACGGUAUCUUUCAGUCACAUGUCUGAAUAGUCAGACAACCUUGGGAUCAAAUCUUAAAAUAAGACUCAAUAAAAUGUCUAAAGUACUACGGCAAUUCGUUGGUUUGCUUAUGAUUUUACAUGAAAAUGAUACCAUGAUACCAAGUAGCACCAUGGCUUUUCUGCCUGAAGACAAGGGGGGCUAGGGGAGAUGAACUCUGGAUGCUUGAUCUUUGAUGAAUCUUGAUGUACUGAUACGUAAGAUCGUUGAUUUGGUAUGGUUUAACUUGUGGCAUGGAGGGAAGCUGACUUGUCAACGGGAGCACAUGAACAGUCUUGAAGAUAUUCUCUCAUGGACAAGUGGAUCACAAAGGACUGGAUGAAUGUGACGUUUUAAGGGUUGAACCAGUAGGAUUUUCCUUUCUUUUUCAACUUUUUAGUGUUGUGAAAAAGUUUGGUCAUAUUCUUUUUUUCUGAAAGAGACAGGUAAACUAAUAAUAUCUGAAGUCUAAUGCAUAAAGAGGCAUGGUUUCUUCAUAAGCUCUGCAGUUUCGAGCAUCAGACAGGGUUCUGUGUUUUCACAACCCGUUUUAGGGAUUAUUGGUCCACGGCAAUAAUCGGACAGAAAAAGUCUAAAUUUAAGUUUAAAAUUCAAAGUUUGAAUUCGAAUUCAUGGCCUUCCAGCUGGUUCUUCCUCAGUAGUUCUGGAGAAUUAUGGGCUAUACCUUUUGAUGUAUUACAUACGAGCAGUUUUCUGGAGUUUAUAGCGGAAGCUAAACUGCAAGAAUCUUCUUUGGGCUACCUCAAUUUACAAGCCUCAGACACUUCACAAUUGGUUUCUCAAGAUUCUUUUAAUGGCUAUGGAUCAACCAGAGUAACAAACUCAAAUGCCAUACAUGAAGAUGACGAUCAAGGUAAACCAGCUAAUAGUGGUACAUCAAAGGAACAGUCAGAUGAUGAUGGCGAUCUUGAGGAAGAUACGGACCCCGUUAAUGCAAAGCGGACAAGGAGAAUGCUGUCAAAUCGGGAAUCAGCCAGGAGGUCAAGAAAAAGGAAGCAAGCUCACCUAAACGAUCUAGAAUCACAGGUUUCCCAGUUAAGAUCUGAGAAUGCAUCUCUGCAAAAGCGCUUGUCUGACAUGACUCAGAAAUAUAAGCAAUCUACCACAGAAUAUGGCAAUCUUCAAGAUGACAUGAACGCUAUGAGGAGAAAGGUGUGGCGUUGUAAAAAAAGAAACAAAACAUUUUAAAAGCGCUUGUACCAUGUUGUGAUGCUCCAAGAGUGUGUCCCAUUAAAUCUAUGGUUUGCUCCUUAUGGAAGGGCUUUUUUCUCUGAGAAGAACGAAAACCUUCAUAUGAGGAGUCCAAACAGGGCACAAUCAUACAAACAUUUGUUUAAUGCUUGUAUGUGAGUAUAUGCACAACUCUGUAUUUAUGUCUUGCAUGGUAAGGUGUUUUUUUUUUUCAAAACAUUCAGUACAGUGAUGACUGCUGCUGCAAAGUAGGCUUUAUUGGUAGUCUCAAAUUCUCAAUCCUGUUUUCAACAACACUACACACAAAGAGAUAUCAAAAGGAACAUGUAUACAUAAGAACCUAUUGUUCUGUCCCUUUAUAUAUAAAGUUGAAUUUGUUUUCCCAAAAACAUCAGCUCGGGUUUAACUUAAAUUCUGUAAAAUGUUUACUGUAAUAGAUCUGUUGUGGAGCUACAACUGAGACACUGAUUUAUACUAUUGUUCUUCUCAAAAUAAUUUAUAUUAAUGUAGCUUGUGGUUGCUAAUAAUCUUAUGGUUUCAUAUCGUUUACGUUGUAACGAAGUGCUUUGUGUUCAGGUGAAUAUAGCUGAAGAAGCGGUGAGGAGAGUAACUGGAAUAGGACUUCAAUUGUUCACUACAUCUGAAAUGCCUGCAAGCAGCAUGCCCGUUUCUUCAGGUGUAUCAGACGCAGCUUCUGCUGCUGCUGCUGCUGCUCUCGUCGAAGACGACUGGACAAACUGUAGCCUCCCAGAUGAAGCAAUUCCUGUGCCAAGUGCAGCAAUGGCCUUGAGGUCACCGUCCGUGCGGCGUGUCGCAAGCUUGGAGAACCUGCAGAAGAGAAUCCAUGCUGGAGAUGUGACACAUUUUGAGGCAGCAUCAGCCUUGUCAUUGCCUGAAGCUACUGCCUGUGAUAAUAAGUAGUAACAGCAGGUAUACUGAUACUGCUCUAAAACCAGCUUCUGGUGCUCUGGCGUAUUAAGGUUUUUGGUAAUGGAGUUUGUGGCAUCAAUGUACCUGGAUGCAUACAUAGUUUAUGUAUACUAUCUAAUUUCUUUGGGAGGUUUUUGUGUUUACUGUCUCAAAGGUAAAUACUUCCUCCGUUUUAUAUUAUAAGACUUUCUAGCAUUGCCCACAUUCA